CCUCGGGCUCUUCAAGUCUUUGUCUCCUGCCAGUUUCUUCUCUGUCACUCUGUCAAUAACUCUUGAGAGCCCUUGGAUAACUGCCCAUGUAUCUGGGCCUUGACUUGACAUUUUAACGAUCCCCCGCCCCCACACGAUCCAGUUCCGCAGGCUUCACGAUGGUUUUGCACAACCCAAACAACUGGCAUUGGGUCAGCAAGAACGCCGGAGAUUGGGCCAAGACGUGGUUUGACGAGAACCUGCCUAAGGUCUCCGCUGAGGAUGGAGAUGCCAAUGUCAAAAUCAGCAAGGUGGUCAGCAUGGACGGGGAUGUCGACGUCAGCCAGCGCAAGGGCAAGGUCAUCACUAUAUUUGAUGUGAAGCUCGUCUUGGAAUAUUCGGGUGCCGCCCCUGAUGCCGAGGACGUAUCUGGAACUAUUACUGUUCCGGAGGUCGCUCAUGACACCGAGGAGGACGAGUUUGUUUUUGACAUUGAUAUCUACGCGGAGUCCAAGGAGAAGCAGCCCGUAAAGGAUCUUGUCCGAUCCAAGUUGGUACCUCAGCUUCGUAAGGAAUUCCUCAAGCUCGCCCCCGCUCUCAUUGCGGAACAUGGCAAGGAUAUCCAGCAUGCGCCAGGAUCCAAUCCAUCCAGCGGCUUCUCGACUCCUAAGUACCACGCUCAAACGGGUGCGAACGCAAAGCCAGAAGCUUCAACCAGCACUCAGAGCAACAAGGACACCGUCGUCAAUACCACCACGGUAACAGACCAGGAAGAGUUCCGUACUACGGCCGAACAACUGUACCAGACUUUCACCGAUCCCCAAAGACUUGCUGCCUUCACACGCGCUCCACCCAAGAGAUUUGAUGGUGCGAAGGUCGGCGGCAAGUUCGAGUUGUUCGGUGGAAACGUCUCAGGCGAGUAUGUCGAGCUUAAGGAGCCAAUCAAGAUUGUCCAAACCUGGCGAUUGGACCAAUGGCCCGCGGGACAUUUCUCCAAGCAGGAGAUCGAGUUUGACCAGAACGACGUCGAUUCCGUGACUGUGAUGCGCGUCACCUGGAGUGGUGUACCCGUCGGCCAAGAAGAUGUCACCAAGCGGAACUGGGGCGAAUACUACGUCCGAAGCAUCAAGAAGACCUUUGGCUUCGGGACAAUCCUGUAAAUCAAUGCCUUUUAGUGAUUAUGGCGUUUCAGGUGUAAUGAGCAGACAGUGAGCAACAGCCCUCGCAGGCUAGGAUUUGGCAAGGUGGCCGAGCUUCGUAGAUGAAAAGACAGCCGCGGUCAAUGUUUCUCUCCCCGGAUUGCUAGGACGACCAAACGAAGUCCAAGACAUUUUGCAUGCUCAAUCCUCGAGGAAUAAUGACCGAUGAUGAUUUCACGUUGAUAGAUGAAGAAAUAAAACAGUAAAAAUUCAUAACCACCCGGAAAUUCCAUGCCGACCGCAAUGGGAAAAUCUGACGUGGCGUUCCCUCUGAA